AUGGCAUGUUCAAAAAUAUUUUCGGGAGAUUUACCCGAAUUAAUAAGUGAAAUUAUACAAUAUUUUCGGAAUGAUUUAUCAACAUUACACUCAUGCAUUUUAGUUAAUAGAUUAUGGUGUCGUUUGGCAAUUCCUUUAUUAUGGGAAGACCCAUUUUCAAUGAAACCUCCUAAAAAUUAUAUUAUUGAAAUUUACUUACACAAUUUAAAUGAAGAUGAUAAAACAAAAUUAAGUGAACAUGGAAUUAAUAUGGAAUUAAUUCCUUCAAAUACAUUUUUCAAUUAUCCUAAUUUUAUUAAACGUUUAAAUACAUGGAAACUUAUAUGUUCUAUUGAAAAAUGGGUUUCAGCUGUUAAAACUUUAACAACUGAAGAACAAUUUGCUAAUUAUUUUAUGCCAGAAACGAAUUUUUUAUCUCCUUUAUAUCCACAUUUUGAAAAUAUUACAAGUUUAAUUUACAAAUCAUUAUUUAAAAUGUUUAUUAUUGAUAAUGAAAUAAAAUUAAACACUUUCGAAAUUGAAAUUAUAACAGAUAAAGAUCAUGAUUAUUUUAAUGAUGCUCUUGAAUUAAUUUUACAAAAUUCGAAUUUUAUUUGUAAUAUCAAAAUUUUAAAACUUUAUUUGAGUGAUACAAUUAUUUAUCCUUUUUAUUUUCAAUAUCCAAUUAAUGAUAACGCAUUAAUUAAAAAACAUCUUUCACAAAUAAUUAAUUUACAACAAAAUCUAAAGAAAAUUUUAUUUAGUUCCAAUAAUUUUUCUAUAUAUAAUUCCUUAUUAAAAAAUUCUAAUUGUUCAAAUACUUUAAAUACAAUUAUUUUUUAUUCUGUCAAUUUUAAAAAUAUGACUGUUUUAUAUAAAAUAUUUGACCAAUUAAAUGUUUUAGAAUCCAUUCAUAUUCUUUAUUGUUAUUCUUUAGAUACAGAUUUUAUACAACAAAUUAUUAAUUUAACCAAACCAUUUAAAUUAAAAUCAUUAUUUUUGGAUGAAGUAUUACAAAUUGAUCCAUUAAAAUCAUUAUUACAAAAAUCUGGUGAUUUUUUAGAAAAUUUUGGUUUUGGUUAUGGUUUAGGAUUAUAUACAAGUAAUGAAUCAAAACAACAAUUACUUGAAUUAAUUAUAAAAUAUUGUACAAAUAUCAAAUUUUUUGAUUUACCCGGAUUUGAUGAUCAAAAUAUUUAUUCUGCAUUUGAAUUAAUUAAAAAUGUAGCACAAAAUCUUAAUUAUCUUUCUAUUGAUUUUUGUAAAUUAUAUGAUUUUUAUAAUUAUGAUACUAAACUUAGUUCAAUUGUAUUAAGAAAUUUGGGUCAAAUUCUUCCUUUUAAAUUAGAAUAUUUAAGUUUAACACUUAUGAUUAAUACAAAUGAUUUUGAAAUAUUUUUAAAAAAUUCUCAAAAUACUUUUAUUAAAAAAUUAUUAAUUAGUAACAAAAUGCAAGGAGGGAUUGAAGUUAUAUUACCUUAUAUUAAGAAAUAUAUUAUGAAAAAUAAUAGUAUUAAAUAUUUGGCUAUUAUGGAAACAUUUUUUGAAAAUACUACAGAUAUUAUUUUUAAAAGUAAAGAUUUGUUUUCUUUAAUUUCAUUGAAAGACGAGGUAAAGGAAUUUGGUGAACAUAAUAUUAAAGUUCAAAAUUAUUAUGAUUUACAAAUUCAAGUUUGUGAAUUUAUAAAAGAAGUUGAUUAA